AUGUAUCCCGAGACUCAAGAUCAAAUACACAAUUCGCCUCGAAAACUCAAUUACUUCAACAAGAGCCCCUCAACGCUUAUACCCAAACCUAAAUCUCGAAGUACAUUCCCAGAAACAGCUACAGGGCCACGAGCAAGGCCCAACGCUAGAAUGCGCUCUACACUAUCGCUCCGGCGGCAGGUCGUGCGGAAUUCGAACCCCUCUAGAAACUUCACGACAACUCUUCCUAGGACUUCACAGCUCACAUUACCAAUCUGCCAAGCGUGUAACAGGAAUAAAUCUACCUCAAAUACACAGCAUCGAUCCCAACGACGCUGGCAAACCUCAUCCUCUACCUCUCCGCAAUCCAACGCCGACGACGCCAUACAAUCCAACCUAACCCCCCAAACACACUACGAAUUCUUCCCCAAAACCCUCCCCUCAGGCCCUCCACCUAAUGGGCCCUUCCACAUCGACACUCGCGAACUCCGGCGCGAGUUCCUCCAGCUCCAAGCUGUUGCCCAUCCCGACCGGCAUCCACAGCACCUCAAAACCCGCGCAGAAGCCACCUCAGCACGAAUCAACGAAGCCUACAAAACGCUGCAGAACCCCUUACUACGCGCACAAUAUCUGCUCAGUCUGCGGGGGAUCGACGUCGCGGAGGACGAGACGGCGAAGGUGGAUGAUCCGGAGCUGUUGAUGGAGGUGCUGGAUGCGAGGGAGGAGAUUGAGAAUGCAGGGCAUGAGGAGGAGCUGGAGGAGAUGAGGAGGGUGAAUGAGGAGAGGAUUGAGGAGAGUGAGGGGGUGUUGGAUAGGGCGUUUAAGGGGGAUGAUUUGGGGAGGGCGAAGGAGGAGGCGGUUAGGUUGAGAUAUUGGGUUAAUAUCAAGGAGAGCUUGGAUGGCUGGGAGAAGGGAAAGCCGGUUGUGCUUGUGCAUUAAGGAUUGUGGAUUUCGGGUGGUCUGGAUGAGCUGGGCAAUCACUCUUUUGACAGAGAUGGAUGGGCAGGUGGGAUUUUUGGUUGCAUUGGAAGGCGUACCUGUAUCUAUAUGCUACUCUUGGUUUACAGAUACCCACUUUCUUGAACAGUUUUAAUGGACACUAUAUUUGUCCAAC